AUGUCUGGCUUGAUCCACAACCUCUGCAGUGCAGAGAACAUCACAACAUCAGAUGACUGGUCUAUGAGCCUAACUCAGACCACUUGUCAUGCUCUGAAAAAUUUACAGGACAGCAUGGUGCUUGAUGGAGAACAUAUUGAUGGCAAUGCUGAUGAGCAUGCCACAGCAAAUCAGAGUCCUGCCAAUGAGCUGUCAACUGGAGACAACAGUGUUGACCACUCUGGAGUGGGUAUAGGUCAAGAUGCUGAGGCUGGACACUAUAUGCUGAAUGUCACAGCAAUGCAGCCUCCUUUUGAGAUUGCUUCUGAUACAGGUCACCAGAAGGGUGUCUCUGUAAUGCCAGUAAAGCAUAGUGAUCUGAUCCAGACUGGGGAUAAUAUCCAGGAAGAGGAACUUACAUCUGUGCAAUUGAGCACUAUUUAA